AUGUCCAUUUUCUCGAGUAGAACUGGGAUCGAGGCUCUCUUCCACCGCUCUCAGCCGAGUGCCUGGGAGGAUUUUACACGACAGCCUUGCAUCUUUGUCGCUCACAAGUUGUUCUCCUGGCGUGCGAUCCGGCCACGAUCCAGCACUUUCCCAACCUCAUCAUCACCCAUAACUGUUGUCUGCAUCUCGGAUACUCACAAUACCCAGCCUCGCCUCCCACAAGGAGAAAUUCUCAUCCAUGCUGGAGAUAUGACCCAGUCGGGCACGUUCGACGAACUCGUGGCUGCUGUAGACUGGCUUUCCUCCCAGCCACAUCCCAUUAAGAUUGUCGUCGCAGGCAACCACGAUGUCCUCCUUGACGCCAAGCAGGAUGCCCCUGGGAACAGAUCCAGGUCUACCGCCGGUCCCUCCAGGUCACCAGAGGCGCUUCGGGCCUCUCUUGCUUGGAAAGGAAUCAUCUAUCUCGAAAACCAGCAUGUCGACGUGACGUGCUCAAAUGGGCGUCGCCUCCGGAUCUAUGGGAGCCCUCUCUCCCCACGACACGGCAACUGGGCCUUCCAGUACCCCCGGGCCGAUGAUGUCUGGCACGGCGCGAUCCCAGAUGGAACCGACGUCCUCGUCACUCACGGCCCGCCGCGAAGCCAUUGCGACCUUUUGCAUCUGGGAUGCAACCACCUCCUGCGAGAACUCUGGCGAGUGCGCCCUCGGUUGCAUGUAUUUGGUCACAUCCACGCAGGUGCUGGUAUGCAGACCGUCGAGUUCGAUGGGCUGCAAGCGGCGUACGAACGGACCGUCAUCGCAAAGGGCGGUCUCCGGAAUCUUAUGUCUACUUUAUCUCACUUUCUCCGGACACUAGUAAGCGACGUAAUUCACCGUCGGGCUCAAAGGCCUCGCACAUGUGCGCUUGUAAAUGCGGCCAUGGUGUCUGGGUUACGAGAUGACCAGACAAGACAGGCAAUCACAGUGGUGAUUUAA